AUGUCAUUCCAGAACGUCCUCAGAACCCUCAAUACUGUCAAAAGAACACCCGCCAGACCCUAUCAAGAAUUCAUAGAAUUAAUUUCUAAAACCCCAAAAACUGUAACUUCAAAACCCCUCAAUACCACAACCAUAUCCCUCCUCUCCAAGCUCAAACCCAACUCUCUCAACCUCAUUCUCUCAGACCCCAAAUUCAAAUGCUCCAAAUGCUUGCUUUUCUUCAACUUCCUCCUAAAAAACCAGUCCUUUAUCUCGUUCAAGAUUGACCUCCAUGCCCACUUAACCCUCAUUUGCAGGCUUCUCAAGGCAAGAAAGUUCACUGAAGCUGAGGAAAUUUUCAAAUGUAUCUCAGUUGAUGAAAAUUCCAGGUACCCUUUUUCUGUUAUUGCUUCUGCUGCUGAAAUUUGCUGUCUUGAACCUAGAGUCAAAGCGAAAUUGUUCAAUUUGAUGAUUAAAGUUUAUUCGGAUAGUGAAAGUUUCAACCAAGUUUUGGAGACUCUUGAUUUUAUGAAGAGUAAUGGGAUUCAGAUUGAUGAGAGGACUUGUACUGUGCAUUUGCUUGCUCUCAACAGGAGAGAUGAGGUGCAGAAGUGUUUAGAUUUCUUUUAUCGAUUGCUCGAAUCGGGCACUAAGGUCUCAGUAUAUUCUUUGACAGUUGUGGUAGAUGGGCUGUGUAGGAGUGGGGAGAUUAGAAGGAGUAGAGAGUUAGUGGAGGAAAUGGUGAGAAUAGGACCUAAACCCAAUAUCAUUACAUUCAACACAAUUGUGGAUGCUUGUGCUAAGAGAUGGAACUUUCCAGAGUUGGAUCUGAUAUUGCUUGUGAUGGAAAAGGAAGGAGUGGCAUUCGAUAUCAAGACGUAUCAGUUCUUGAUUGAUGGGUUCACGAGUUCUGGAAAGGUUGAAGAAGCUGAAAGGUUGGUUGGGGAGAUGCAUGAUAAAGGAUUGAAAGUGAACACUCAUUCAUACAAUUUGAUAAUAAAUGGCUAUUGUAGAUUGGGGUCUAUGGAAAGUGCUCAUUCUUUAUUUCGUAAGAUGGCUGAGAGAAGUACAUUCCAGAAUGCUGAUACGUACUGGGCUCUAAUAAAUGGUUUUUGCAAGGUUGGGGCGCUGGGGCUGGCAAUGGAAUAUUUAAAUGAGAUGCAGAAGAAGGGGAUUGAAUUGGACAAUGUUAUCUUGAAUAUAUUGAUUGAUGGUCUUUGCAACAAAGGGAUGGCUGAUGAAGCUUUUCAGUUGCAGGCAUUGAUGGUGAAAAAAGCUUUUAAUGCUGAUUUGUCUGGGUGUAAAGAGACAGUAAAUGGAUUAUCUAAAUUGAAUCAGGCUGAGGAAGCAAAUGAGGAUGCCGGACCUAAUUAA